AUGCAUCUGGCUCUCGUCCUGCUCGUCCUGCUGCUGCUGGGUCAAGGUCUCGCCGGGUCGCCGACGGCCGUGACCACAUCGAUGGCUGCGCUCCACAGCUUCCGUGGCUGUGCGGUCCGCGAGUUCUCUUUUGUGGCCCAGAAGCCCGGCUGCAGGGGUCUGCGCGUCACCACAGAGGCCUGCUGGGGACGAUGUCACACCUGGGAGAGGCCAGUGCCGGAGCCCCCCUACAUUCACCGGCACCACCGAGUGUGCACGUACGCACUGACACGCUACGUUAGUGCGCGGCUGCCCGGCUGCCACCCCGGUGUCUCGCCUCUCUAUCACUACCCGGUGGCCAUACACUGUCACUGCGCUGCGUGCACCACUCUAGACACCGAGUGCGAGUCUUUCUGAUCAUCUUGUACACAGCAAUGUGUCAUUAAAGUCAUGCAACAAAAAUAUAUGUGUGUGUGUCUGUGUGUGUGUGUGUGUGUGUGUGUGUGUGUGU